CUCCUUCUCGGUACAUACACAUACGUCAUACGUAGGUUUAUAUAGGAUAUGUGUGUGUAUGUGUAUGUACACACAGCGUUUCCUACUAGGCGACAAAUGUCUUUCGCGUAAUCGGGACGUAGAACCGAUUAGAGGUUCCUCGUUCCGCAACAAAACCCGCAAAAACUCGGCUGUUUCUCGCGCAUCGUUUAACUUUCGUUCCACGUGCAUACGACAGAUAUACAUAUAUGUACACUGGCGCUCGAAUAGAUCGCGUAUAUACGUACGUAUAUUUUUAUAAGCUUGGUCUUGGAAUCGCGAAAUGCUUUUACUCGCGAUUGAUUAACGCCACUGUCUACUUGCGCCCAGGGCUCGAAUGCUAAUUGUCUCGCGCAUUUGGUAAGAGUGAAAAAAGUGGAGGAUUAGAAAUUUAUUGAUAAAGUGUUAGUGCGAUUAACGUGAAAGAAUCUUGUCACAAUAGCCGUUGUGUUUUAACUCUCCAAAAUGAUAUUCAAUUUUGUGUGGGCUGUCUUCGCACAUUCAGAAUUAUGAGAAAGAGCUUGAACAUAUUUCGUCCAAGAUCUCGAUGCCGUUUUGAGGAAGGAACGAUUCAAAGAGUCGUACGUACGUUUGACAUGGUUUACCGAAUCCUGCAUAUAAGGUUUUACAGAAACCAUAAAUAAAACGUAUGGAUUGUAUCAUGAAUAAUAUUUUAUUCUGCAUUAUUCUGGCACACAUACACACAGUAGAUGGCAAUUUGAUUAUAUAACUCAUGUUCAUGGAUUAUUGACCUGAAAGUUUGGUAAACUUGUUUUUGAUGACAUCUUUGGAGUGUGGUCAGCAUAGCAGAGAGGUGGUGUCGAGAAGGUGGUUGACACGCCUUCGUAUAUUUGAAAUGAUUGAAAGUGUAUCACGCAGAGCGUUGAGUGGCUCCAGUGGGAGCUACCACGUUCGUGGCGCUGAAUUAGCGAGGAAUCGCAGAUUAAAGUCUUUGUCAGCUACUGUUACUUUUCUAGAUGACACACAACAUACGUUUCAAUUAGAUAAACGAGCGAAAGGACAAGUUCUACUCGACUUGGUGUUUCAACAUUUAGAACUCAUUGAAAAGGAUUACUUUGGCUUACAAUAUGCUGAAAAUGGAGUUAGCACAACUAUGCCUACAUCUGAUGUGAUGAGAUGGCUAGAUCCGUCUAAAUCAGUGAAAAAGCAAAUAAGAAGUGGACAUUUCUUUUUUAGGGUAAAGUUUUAUGUAUCUGAUCCUAGUAAACUACAGGAGGAAUAUACUAGAUAUCAGUUUUAUUUGCAAAUACGAAGAGAUAUUCUUCAAGGGAAGCUUCAAUUGCCACCCAGUACAGCUUGUUUAAUCGCAAGUUAUACCGUUCAAUCGGAAUUAGGAGAUUACCAUCCAGAGGAGCAUGGACCAGGAUAUCUUUCGCAAUUGCAAUUGAUACCUGGACAAACUGAAGAAAUGGAGAAGAAGAUAUCGGAAUUACACAAGUUGCACAAGGGACAGUUACCAGCUGAUGCAGAAUUUAACUUCUUAGAUCACGCAAAACGUUUAGACAUGUAUGGAGUGGAGUUACACAAAGCUAGGGAUUCAACAAACAAAGAGAUACAGUUAGGUGUUACAUCGAUCGGUUUGGUUGUAUUUCAAAAUGGUAUAAAAAUUAAUGUAUUUUCAUGGUCAAAAAUAGUUAAAAUUUCCUUUAAAAGGAAACAAUUUUUUAUACAGCUUCGACGAGAGCAAUCUGAAAAUUACGACACACUACUGGGUUUCAACAUGCAAACGUACCGCAGUUCAAAAAAUUUAUGGAAAGCUUGUGUCGAACAUCAUACCUUCUUUAGGCUCCACAGUCCAAAAAUGCGACCAAAACGAUUUCCUCUUACUUUAAGUAGUAGGUUUACAUAUUCGGGACGAACGGAAUAUCAAACGGUCGAAGACGGAAAACACAGAGCACGUGUGGAAAGAACAUUUAUACGAUCACCUAGCAAAAAGAUAGCUCAUACUAUUACGACGGCAUCUGUUACCGAAGACAAAGGAAAGUUAACGAUAUCUGCUGGAAGAUCAGCGCGAUCUUACGACAAUAAAGUUCAAUCUCUCGGUGCUCGCGAACCUCGUCAAGCGUGGGGUGAAGGAAAUCCGAGUGACGAUGAAGGUGGUUUUUUAUCUUUGAGGGAAGAAAUAACAGGAAGCUACACGCAAGGUGGAGCGUUCUCACCGGCAUUAGGAUCUCGAGUAUUCAGUUAUGCGGAUGACGAUACAACCGCUGAAAGAAAUAUCUAUGAUCUACCGGACUACAGCGAACCUACUAGUUCACCAGCUCCGCAAAUACUAGAAGACGGUUUGGUAACCAUAUCUUUAACACCAGACGAACAAGGUCGUUUCGGAUUCAACGUAAAAGGUGGGUUAGACUUGGACAUGCCGAUCUUGGUGUCACGAGUAGCUCCAAACACACCCGCUGAUCGUUGUUUUCCAAAAUUAAACGAAGGAGAUCAAGUUGUUUAUAUCAAUGGAAUUGAUGUGAGUGGCUUAUUGCACGAACAUGUAGUCAAUUUAAUACGACAGUCGCGUGAUUGUGGACCCGGUGAACUUACAUUAACUGUUAGACCUAAUGCACUAUAUAAUGCAUUGGCUGGUACCGAUGAGACAUCUGAAGAAGAACCACCUUAUAGAUAUGUGCCUGAUGCGCCUCAUGCGGCUAUUGGAUCUGACGCAUUAGCACAAUCCAUGUUACUGCUUGCGGAUGGUCUAGCGAGUGGUGCUCUUAUCGCACAGUAUGAACAGUUAUACAGAAAAAAUCCGGAGCUUACGUCGCUCGAAUCUAAGAAGCCGGAAAAUCAACCGAAAAAUCGUUAUCGGGAUAUAUCGCCGUAUGAUGUUACUCGAGUAAUUUUGAUGGGAUCUGCAAACGGAGAUUAUAUUAAUGCCAAUUACGUUAACAUGGAAAUACCAGGUUCAGGCAUUAUCAAUAGGUACAUCGCUACACAAGGUCCCUUGUCUUCCACCGUUGCAGAUUUUUGGCAAAUGGUUCUAGAAGCUGGCAGUACGCUGGUCGUCAUGCUAACAACCUUAGUAGAACGCGGUCGCGCGAAGUGUCACCAAUACUGGCCCGCGUAUAACGAAACCCUUACGUUGAGGAAUCUCACUCUCACAUCAACUGCAGAAAACGUCGAGGAUACGUUUAUUUUUAGAGAAUUUAUACUUCGCGAUGUUAACACCGGCGAAGAAAGAGAUAUAACACACAUGCAAUAUUGCGGCUGGCCCGAUCACGGAGUGCCCAGCGAUUGGCGACAAUUUACUACGUUUACAGAGCGCGUUAGGGCAGCUCGUACUGGAAUAGUCGAACCUGCGGUUGUGCAUUGUUCCGCUGGAAUAGGACGUACCGGUGUGUUGGUUUUGAUGGAAACCGCUCUGUGUUUGAUAGAAGCUAAUCAACCGGUAUAUCCAUUAGACAUCGUACGUUCUAUGAGAGAUCAGAGAGCAAUGAUGAUACAAAAUGCUAGUCAAUAUAGAUUUGUGUGCGAAGCGGUCCAUAAAGCUUACAACGAAGGGAUAGCGAAACCACUUCCAGAAUUCAGUAGGUGAAAAUAAAGAUUCAAAAUGGGCAGCAUUGUAAUUAUAUCAUUUCUUUUCUCACAUCUCUUGCAUCAAGCGCCAUGCCACUAGAAAGUAGUUUUAUACUUUGACAAUAACAUAUAAUAUAUAUAUUAUAAUUAAUUAAUAUAUACAUAUUAAUUUAAUUAUAACAUAUAUAUAAUUAUAUAUAUAUAUUUAAUAUAGUAUAUAUUUCUCUUCUAGUAAAAUGGAUAUUUACUCUCUCUGUGUAAAGUAUAUCUUUCACAUUGGUAUAUAAAAUUGACGUCCGAAUCUCGUUCAUCACACAUUGUGUAUUAAAAAUUCUUGUUUCUUUAAUUUGAUCAUGUACAGAAGACGAAUUUUAGCGACCGAUUCCAUUUUUCCAUACGAAAUAUUGUCUAAUAAUGUUGCAAUCAUAUUUGCUACACACAUACAACUUAAUUGUUUAUAAUCAUUUAAAUUAUAUUUUCUUAAGAUAAAUAUAUCCAAGAAGUAAAAGAGGUAAUGUACUAUAUGAUACAUUAGCAUAAAAUUUAUAUAAUGGGAAAUCAGAUUUAUUGCAUAAAAUGAAAUCAAGGAGAGAUGAAAUAUAUUCACAUAAAUUCAACCGCCUUAGAUAAAAGACUUUAUUUAAAACAAUAAUUUAUAUAAUAAUUACAUUUUUUAUGUAUCAAUUAAAAAGUCGCUAUUUUCGUGUUAACUGCUAUUAACGUAAUAUAACUGCCAUUAUGUAUGAUGUAAAUAUUGAAUCAUAUUUUACAUUAGUUUUUUUUGAUAACUUAAAAUUUUCAUAUUUUUAACGCAAAUUUUGACGCGGAUGUGCAUCUCGUAUUUAUUUAAACUCUAAAACAUUAGAUAUAUCGAAAAAUAAAAAGUUUCAAUAAACAAGGUGAACAUCCGUGUCAAAUUGUAUCCUAGUAUUAAAUAAUUAUGAUGUCGCUUUGUGUAUCUGUUUCAACAAAUACUUAGAAAUAGGCAAACAGAUUACACUAAAAUCAGCGAUAUGAUCAUAUAAGAUUAACAAGAGAAAUGAUAAUAUUAAUUAAUGCAGAAAAUAAUAUAUUUACAUCACAAAGUUGAAGUACAAGAAAAGAAUGAGUGAAAAAUUUAGAUGCAAUAAUAUAAUUAUAAAAAGAAAUAUUGCAUGAUAUAAACGAAACAUACACAAGUUAUGUGAAUUAAACAUAUUAGAUAUUUAGCUAUUGCCACGUUAAUUGUAAAAAUGGCAGGUCCGGAUAGAUUUGAAGAUAAUUUUAUUAUAUAAUGAAAGUUUGAUAAUAGACUGAAUUGCAAAUCUAGCGAAAAUAUUCCAGUGAAAUUGCGCUAUACACCAGUAGAGGCCAAAUUUGUCAUGGAAAUGAUCAUUAACAAUUGACGCGAUAAAAAUCGAUUAAUCUGUAUAAUGAAUUUGUCCAUUUUAUAUAAAGAGAUUAUCAUACAAACGCUAUUUAAAAGCACACAGCGAAGUACAAUCUUCACAAUAUUGGCAGAUUGUAGGCAAAUUGCAGCUAUUCUUUAUAUACAUAAAAAAUAUGAAUCAAAAAGUUAAAGCGUUUUGAACCGUUUUCGUUUUACAAUAUAAGACAGCCAAAUGAAUAGGAUAAAUUUUAUACUGAGAAAAGAAACAUCUCUUAAUCGUUUUCACAAUAGUAGUUUGUUUUAAAAUGCUAGUAAACUACUCGAUAAAUGUAUAUAUAACUAUGGAGAUUGCUUCAAUAAGUACAUUAUUUUGAAGACAUAUAACUGUGUUUUUACGUACACACUACUAAAUACACGUAUAUUGAUCAAAAUAUACAUAAACUGAUCCGUCUCAAUGUCGUAAUAAGUAUUAAUAAUUACAGGAUCGUUUUAAUUAUUAAUCGUUUAAGGAACGAUAAUAUAUCCAGUGAAUAAUACAGCUCGCAUAUUUAUUUUUUACAUAGUGAGUCAUACACAUUCUCACAUAUCUUUGUAUAAACGCUCAACUUUCUAAUUAGCUUUAUGAAUGUCAUAACUUAUAAGCUUCUUUCUAUUCAAUAUAUUUGCCGAACCCCUUUAUAGUAUAAUGCAUCAUGUAUUAACAUCAGCGCAUUUUAUAAUCUAUUUUUGUAAUAAUACAAGUUGGUACUACAAUAAACAUUACUAGAAGAUAGUAGUCUGUUCAUCUUUCAUGCGUGGCCAAAAGGGUAUAAGAUAUUUUCGUUUUACUUUCAAUUUUUUAAAUAUUUCUUUAAUUUUAUAUACAUUAAUCGACAUAACUUUUCCUCCAUUUCAUUAACUUUUAAAAUUUUUUAUUAUUUAACUUAUAUCUUUUUUUGUAGCGCAUGAAAAGGCUAGGGAGAUAAAGGAAAAGAGAUGAGAAAUGCAUGAAUGAUUAAAAGGGCUCGUAUUUGUCCACAAUACAAAUCUAAUUCGGCAAAAUAAAUCAAAGAAUUCCUAUAAUGAAAAGAAACUAAGAUUUUUUACAUACCAACUCACUAAUAUAUUAUUAUAUACAUACAUAUUAGAAAACAAUUAUCAUAUAAGAGAAUUACCUCUCCCAUGUUUGUUUUACAUAAUGAUCUUGUGUAAUAUAUAUAACCUAACAAUAUAUAUUUUAUAUAUUACUCAUAUAUUGUAUAAAUUCAUAUUUUAUGUACAUAUGUAUCAAAUAUUAACAGUAUAAAUCAAAUUAAUUUUAUCUU